UUAGACCAUCAAAAUCAAAACGCGAGUAAUAACAACAUUCCCACGGCCAGAACUCCGCUUUAUACACUUUACUGAGAUAACGCACUUAUUCGAUAAAGAAACGAUCGAACUUGAAACAAGAAUGACCCAGAUAUCUACUGUUGUCAUUUGAAUCGUUUGUUUCGAAAGUUCAUUCCAGUCUAUCUUGGAAUCGGUACUACUCUGUGCAACUCCGGGAGGACUUCCCCUCGGUACAAAACCCCCAAAUCGUGCGCGACAGACCGCUACAAAAUAGCGAUCCGCCAACUUUUUACGGACAUUAGCAUUCUGCGACCGCAGGGAAAGUAUCAAAAUGUUUUUAUUUGUUUUGUUGUGGGUUUGUUUUGCUGGUUUUGGUUCCGCGCAUUUUAUACAGGAUGUCUCUGCAAGAAACGUGGUAUGCUACUACAUGAACUCCAACUAUGCCACUCUGGCUCCGCCAGAAAAAAUCGAUCCCAAGUUGUGCACCCACUUAAACUACGCUUUUGUGAGGAUAGAAGAAACAGGAAACCUGACGUAUCAAAGCAAAUACGUGGACAUUACACAAGGGGUUUACAAAAGAGUCGUCGCCCUGAAAAAAAUCAACCCAAGUCUCAAAGUUCUAUUGAGUAUCGGGGAUACGAAUGCUUCCAUCUUCUCGAAAGUUGCUGCUAACGAAACAUCAAGAAAGAACCUGGUGGAGAGCUCGAAGCACUUUUUGAAAACAUACUCUUUCGAUGGACUGGACGUUGAUUGGGAGCUACCGAAUGGAAACGACAGGGUGAGAAAAAAAAUCAUGAUUCUGUCAGAUAAUGAAUUGGAAGAUAUCCAUCCUCAUGCAUUUGCCAGGAACAGUCAUUUGAAGCGACUAUCUUGA